UGGCACCUUGUGCGAAAAGAAGAUCUUAUUUUUAUAGAGAUGUGUUUAGUAAAAUCUUUGCAGGAACCAAACGUUGCGAUAAGCUUUGCCGCUUUUGGUGAGCAGCGCUUGAGGGAUCAAACAAGAUUCUGUAAGGUUGAGGCCAUCCGUGAAAAAACAGGUUUCGAAAACAUGCAUGAAGCAAAUGUCCUGUUCAGUGAAACGCAUCUUUCAUGAAAGCGAUAAUUGUGAUUAAAAUACAUAAGACAAAAGUAUUUAUAUGACUUUAUAUGCAUCAUUUUCAUAUAAAAACUUUCAAGUACAAUGAAACGAACUUUCAAAAGUACAAUGAAAAUAGUGAGACUAUCAUUUUUUUUAACAUUCGUCAUAUUAACUAUGUAUUCAAUCUUAUAUUAUGCAUCUAGCGAUUUUCCUAAAUUCUUUGUACAAAACUUGGAGGAAUCACGUAAAGAAGUAAUUGAAAGAAAUUAUCUUUUGCUAACCGAAGGUUGUAAAGUGCCUAGGUACGAUCCGUUUGAUCCAACAGUAAUCAAAUAUUAUUCAGAAAGAAGCGGUGACAUUCCCUGCAAAGGCAAAAAAUACUUAGAUGUCGACGACAAUCAUGUUAUUUUGUUAAGUGAUGAAUUUAAAAAAGAUUUUGAGAACGAAACCAUAGCAUGUGUUUAUAAGCCAAUCAUAAGAAACCCCAAAAACUCAACUUCAAGAGCUGAUAAUAAAGUUGAAUAUGGUGAUGAAGGUGAAUUAAAAAUUGGAGAACUCUUACCUUCAGAAUUCGUGAACGUUGUCUGUAAAGUUCACGAUAAAGUCGUAUACGAAGAUUUUUUGGCGGCAACUCCUUUAAAAGCAGGUGUGGAAAAAAGAUGUGAAGAAAAAUGGUCAAAACAGAACAUCAGCAAUAAAUUAAACAUCAUCGUGAUAGGUAUUGAUUCUAUUUCUAAGUUAAACUUUGAAAGACAUUUUAAGCUAACAGCAGAAUAUUUGCGCAAGAAUCUUUCUACAUUUGAGUUUCAUGGAUACAUGAAAGUGGCGGACAAUACAUUUCCGAAUGUGACGCCGUUGUUGACGGGACAUUUCAUAGAGCACUAUUACACAGCUUCCAACCAGGAUAGAUAUUUCGAUGAUUUAGACUUCAUAUGGAAGAAUUUUUCAUCUCUUGGCUACAGAACACUCUUUGCUGAAGAUGCACCAGUUAUGGCAACAUAUAACUACGUAAAAAAGGGUUUCCAGUAUCCUCCAACAGAUUAUUUCUUCAGGCCAUUUACCCUCGCAGUAGAAGAUGGUCCGUGGUGGAAAAGGAGCAAAAGGGAUUGUUUCCAGGCAAAGCCUGAAAUUCGUGCGCUCUUUGAUUAUUUGAGAAGUUUCCUAUCCACAAUGAAAAAUAGACCAUUCUUUGCUUUUACUUGGGCAGCUAGAUUAACCCAUGGCGAUUUGAACAAAGCUGGAUUAGCUGACAAACCAUCAUUCGAACUACUGAGAGAUAUCAAUGAAAUGGGGCUUCUAAAUACAAGUAUGCUCAUUUUCAUGAGCGACCAUGGAAUUAGAUUUGGUGGCAUACGAAAAACAUACAUCGGCAAGAUUGAAGAAAGAAUGCCGUUCUUGUUCCUUUCGUUUCCCCGUUGGUUCCUAAAAACUUACCCAAAAGUAGCCAAGUAUUUGGAAAUUAAUCAAAAACGUUUGACAACACCUUUCGAUGUGCACGAAACUUUAGUGGAUGUGUAUCAAAUUAUUUCUGGAAAAUUAGAUUACAGCUCUACACCGUAUGGGAAAAGUCUCUUCAGAGAAAUUCCCUUGAAGAGAAACUGCAAAACUGCCUACAUCUUGCCCCAUUGGUGUGUUUGUCAUGAGUAUCGCAAGAUGUUUUCUAUUGACACGUUGUCAAUCAGGGCUGCCGACUCACUUUUAGAAAAAGUUAACAAUCUGACUCAUCCAUAUCGAAAUGUGUGCGCCUUUUUGAAAAUUGACAAAGUAUUAGACGUUAGAGCAAGUCUACCAAUCACCGCUAUGCUUAAACUUGACGAACUUAAGCAUUCUGGUGAGAAUUCCGUAGUUUAUGGAGAGAAAGCCAAUCUGUAUGUCGAGUUGCUGGUAACGGUGAAAGCAAAUCCGGGAGGUGCUGAGUUUGAAAGCACAAUUCGCUCUUUCAGAGACCGUUUCGAAGCGUUGGAUGUGAGUCGGAUAAAUAAGUACGGAAAUCAAGGUGACUGUGUGAACGAUUCAGAAUUGCACAAAUACUGUUACUGUUCUUAACAAAAGGAAAAGUAUUAAUCGGCCGACAUUAUUUCUGUAACGAUAAACUGUUUCUGAUCAUAUGGUUUCAUUUGGAAUUACCGAAUGGGACAUCCUAUGUAUAUCACUGUGCGCGGAUAUGUAUACAAGGUUUUUCAUAUUCAAUGGAACAGGAAGAAAACGCAUCUGUGAAACUUGUAUUUAUUUCCUUUUAACAAAUCAAAUUUACA